GUCUGGGGAUCAUCCGUCUCACUUUACCUUGAUUCUCUCUGGACUCCUGAGCACCCCAGUGUCCCUAGACAGGGCUCUCUCCUGUUCCUGAUGGCUCUGCUGAUCUUGUUUCCUGGAGCGACUCUGGCCAUGGUUCAGAUCCUGCUUCUGUUGCUGUCGCCAGCAUGUCUGAACACUGAGAACUCUGCAGGAUCCAACAGAGAAAGCACCUUUGCGGUGAACCAACCAGCAAACCUCUCUGGAUUCCAGGGCGGCUCCAUAGAGAUCCCCUUCUCCUUCUACUUUCCCUGGGAGUUGGCCAAGGAUCCUCAGAUGAGCAUAGCCUGGAGAUGGAAGCACUUCCAUGGGGACUUCAUCUACAACUCCUCCCUGCGUUUCAUACAUGAGCACUUCAAGGACCGGCUCAUCCUGAACUGGACAGAGGGUCAGACAUCUGGAGUCCUCAGAAUCCUGAACUUGAAGGAGACUGACCAGGCCCUGUACUUCUGCCGUGUUUUUCUGCAAACAACAGAAGGCAUAAAAUUUUGGCAGUAUUUUCCUGGGACUCAACUCAUCGUGACCCGUGCACUCAGCACCACCAUGAGGAGUCCCUCAAUCAUCACCUCUGCAGUCACCACAGCUGGCCUGGAGGACACAGGGACACAGAGGGAUCCUUCACUGAUGAUCCUGGGAGCCAUGGUCACAAUGGUCAUAGCCAAGGCUGUGGCCAUAAUCCCCGUCUAUGGAUUCAUGAUCUUCCUGUGGUGGAAGCAAAGGACAGCAGAGUGAAGCCUAAACCCCAGCCAGAUCACCCACAGGCUCCUGGUGUGACAUUAUCUGUUAGUCCCCAGCUAACAGACCUCCAGGUGCCAGGAUCUCUCACCAUGGAGAUGUGUUUACACCAAAGUAGUGAUUGAUGGACACACAUCAGCGUUGACUGCCUUCCCUGCAUCCUCUAAGGGAAGCAGAGCACAUGGAUGCCGGAUUCUGUGUGACACAUCCUAAGAAGCUGUGAUGUCCUCUCCUCAAAACUCAGCUCAUCCUGUGUGUCUCUGGUCCUAAGAGCCUGACUGUGCUGCUCUCUGUCUGCUCAGGGCAUUAUUAACACUUUUAAUAAAGGUCUUACUCCCUGAUGAGCCCCCACCCCUUAUCCCA